AUGGAAGAAGUCGAUGAAACAGAAGAAAUUCCUCAGGUUCAUAUGGCUUGCGUCAUGCAAGGUCAAAGGAUUGGAGUUUCUUAUUAUGAUUGUAGCGUCAGACACCUUCAUGUGCUGGAAUUCUGGGAAGAUGGGAGUGAAGAUUUCCCCCUUAUCCAGAUGGUUAAAUAUCAAGCUAAGCCAUCUAUCAUCUAUGCUAGCACAAAGAGUGAUGAGCUCUUCUUGGCUGCUUUACAAAGAGAUGAUGGGACGAGUGAUGCUCCUGCUGUAAAGCUUGUUAAAAGUUCAUUAUUCAGUUAUGAGCAAGCAUGGCACAGGCUAAUGUAUCUGCGGGUUACUGGGAUGGAUGAUGGGCUAAACAUAAAGGAAAGAAUUGCUUUUCUGAACUCUAUGAUGGACAUUCAAAGUGAUGUACAAGUGCGUGCAUGUGGAGGACUUCUUGCAGUUCUGGAGAAUGAAAGGAUUAUAGACACCCUUGAACAAAGAGAAUGUGGAAAUGCAUCAAUUGCAGUUGACUCACUCAUUGAGAUUUCACUAAACAAGUUUCUCAAAGUUGAUUCGGCUGCCCAUGAGGCCUUGCAGAUAUUCCAGAUUGACAAACAUCCCAGCCACAUGGGAAUUGGUAGAGCAAAAGAAGGGUUCUCUGUAUUUGGAAUGAUGAAUAAGUGUGUAACACCAAUGGGUAGACGUCUUUUGAGGAACUGGUUCCUGAGGCCUAUACUAGAGAUUGAUGACCUGAACAAACGCUUUGAUGCUAUUAAGAUAUCAUUCUUCCAGUGUUCUGAAGAACUUUUGUUAUCUUUACGUGAAACACUGAAGUCCAUCAAAGAUAUACCUCAAAUACUCAAGAAGUUCAACUCUCCAAGUUCUUUGUGCACAUCUAGUGACUGGACAGCAUUUGCAAAGAGCCUCUGUUCUCUUCUGCACAUAAACAAGAUAUUUGAAGUUGGCAUUUCUGAAAGUCUGCGGGAGCAACUGAACUAUUUGAACUUGGAUAUUCUUGAAAAGGCUGCGGUUUACAUAUCGACAGAUCUUGCUUAUAUCUAUGAAUUGGUAGUUGGUGUUAUUGAUGUAAAUAGAAGCAAGGAUAAGGGUUAUGAAACACUAGUCAAAGAUGGUUUCUGUGAGGAGUUGGAUGAGCUGAGGCAGAUAUAUGAGGAGUUGCCUGAGUUUUUGGAAGAGGUUUCAUCCUUGGAACUUGCACGCCUUCCUAACAUGUCUGGAUACAAGUUCUUACCACAUAUUGUUUAUAUACAACAGAUAGGUUACUUGAUGUGCGUUUACCAACAAAAUCUUGAUGAAAGCAUUCUGGAUACACUUGAAGACUAUGAAUUUGUUUUCUCUGAUGAGGAAGGAGAUGCAAAGAAGUACUUCUACCGCACUGCAAAGACUCGAGAAUUGGAUAACCUCUUAGGAGAUCUGUAUCAUAAAAUACUAGAUAUGGAGAGAGCUAUUAUUCGGGAUUUGGUGUCCCACAUUCUUCAGUUCUCAUCUCAUUUAAAGGAAUGUGUUAACUUUGUUGCGGAGCUUGACUGUUUUUUGUCAUUAGCUUUGGUUGCGCAUCAGAACAAUUAUGUAAGGCCUGUUGUGACUGCUGAGAAUCUGCUUGAAGUUCGAAAUGGGAGGCAUGUACUGCAGGAAAUGACAGUAGACACAUUCAUUCCCAACGACACGAAGAUUGUUGAUGAAGGCCGGGUAAAUAUAAUCACAGGACCUAAUUAUUCAGGGAAAAGUAUUUAUAUAAAGCAGGUCGCGCUGAUAGUUUUCCUAUCUCACAUAGGAAGUUUUGUACCUGCUGAUGCGGCUAUUGUAGGCUUGACUGAUAGGAUAUUUUGUGCAACAGGGAGCAAGUUUAUGACUGCUGAGCAAUCAACUUUCAUGAUCGAUCUGCAUCAAGUUGGAAUAAUGCUAAGGCAUGCAACUUCUCGUUCAUUAUGCUUAUUGGAUGAGUUUGGAAAAGGAACGCUUACAGAGGAUGGCAUUGGUCUUCUUGGCGGAACUAUAAAUCACUUUGUCUCGUGCUAUGAUCCUCCGAAGGUUUUGAUCUGUACACAUUUGACAGAGAUUUUUGACAAAAGCUGUUCAUUGGAGACUAACAAAAUCAAGUAUUACACAAUGAGUGUGCUCAAGGAAGACAACAAAGAUAAAGGCGUUGAAGAUAUUGUUUUCCUAUACAAGUUGGUUCCUGGACAUGCACCUCUUAGCUAUGGUCUACAUUGUGCACUUCUUGCUGGAGUAUUUGAUGAAGUUAUAGAAAGAGCGUCUCUCAUCCUGGAUGCAAGUCUAAACAGCAAGCACGUUGAGCGGCUAGUCAACAAGAAUAUAUCUGCUCAGGAUGAGCAGUAUAAGAACGUCGUGGAGAAAAUGUUAGCAUUUGAUGCAGUCAACGGUGAUCUGUGUGCUUUCUUUGAAAAUAUGUUUCCCUCUCAAAGCUGA